AUGUGCGUCGAGCUACACACGCAGAGAGAGGUCGUACGUCUCUCAAGUAUUGCUCGAAACCGCAAGUUGCUAGCCCGGGAGGUGCAUAUCCGAGGGGAUGCCCAUUCUGGCUCGCUGACGCAUCUCGGGACCUUUGCUGCGAUGCUUUCCGGCUAUUUGCCUCGACUCGAAGAUCUUCGCAUGUCCAACGACGCACCAAAGCUUCUCUCAUGUUUAUCCACGUUCACAACGAUCCGCGGUCUGCACCUUGUCGAUGUCGCACUUCCAUCGACCACAAUGUUUACCAAUGUGGUAUCUGCCCUAACGCACCUGCGAUACGUCACUUGCUACGGCGUCUCAGUGGACAGACAGGAUAAUCACGCCGCAUUGCCCAAUCCUACGCCUCCGUCAGAAGGGCGUGCUGGAGAAAAACCGUAUCCACGUCGGGAACUUCGUUUGGAUUGCCGAACCGACAUGGAGGCCGCUCUGUCGUCUUUAGCAGCUGCAGGAUUUACCCCUGAAGUUCAUAAGAUCACCGUCGAUCUGAAAGGAUCGCCGGCACGACUCGAGGCUUUGACCACGCAGCUCCACAGGCUUCAUCAACUCGGUCACUUGUGCCUAACGAACAACUCAUGGAAGGUGGAGGAUGAACGGAAGUUGUUUCAGGGUCUAUUCACAUCGGCAGUCGUCCGACUAGACCUCAUCCAUGUUACACUCCCAUCGCCCACGUUUCUCGCUGGCGUACUGUGCGCUCUAGUCCAAUUGCACACCGUUACCUGCCGCGACGUUCGUUUCGCGUCGACAACUUCACAGCAGAACAGCCACGGAUCCCGCUCAUCAUCUCCGAGUCGCCAGGGCAAGCUGGAGAAUUUGUUUAGGGUGCUGGAUCUGCACGUCGCCUCUGGUACUGGCCCAGGAGGCUUCGCACCAGCCAAUCUUCCGCUGCCAGAUUGUUGUAACGUCCGCUUGGUUGGAUCGUUGCCAGUCCAUCGCCUUGAGACACUCGCCGAGAUGCUCUCCAAAUACGGAGGUAGACAUGGCAGCUCGCGCAUAUCCGAUGCUGUAUGGGGAGCUGGACGAGUCACGCCGAUUGGAGGAGAGUUGAACCCAAUGACAGUGGACAGCCUGAGAUGGGUGUCAUUGAUGCCUGCAAUGGGAGCAAUCCGCAAUCUCCACCUCCACAACGUCGAGCUACCAUCGAGCGGGAUGUUCGUCCGGAUCAUCCGAAAUCUACCUCAACUUAAACAAUGUUACCAUGUGCCGCCUGUAGCACCAGAAGGUGUGAUGGACCGGGUAUCACCAGUCGGCCGCCACCCUACUCAGGCAUGGUUCCUCGAUCUGGAUUGUCUUGACAUGUACGACAUCUUAGCGUGUGUCACGACGACGCCAAGUUGGAGUUUUAAGCAGCAACUCGUCUCCUUUGGACUCGGUAUCCACGCUGCUCCCGUCUCCGGUUUUGGUGGCUUCCGAUAUCGGGACUACGCGAUGUUUGUCGCGAACCUAGAGUCGAUAACUCAUCUGGGGUUCGUGAUCUACGAGGACUUGCCCCUUGACCAGCUAG